AUGGAUCUGGCCAGACCCAAGUCCGGAUUUCGACAACACAACACAACCAAAGUAAAGCUAAAGAAGUUUGUACAGUGUAAGGAAAAGGUUUACCAAUCGAGCCACGCUAUCUACCAGGAUUACUGGGUGCUGGAGAACUAUGUGAUGGCUGAACAUGGACCACUAGCCUGCUAUGACAAUGUGACCUACACCACUCAUGCGGACUAUACGUAUCUGGACAAUGUGGUGCCCCUCCUGGAACGCUGGCAGUCACCUCUCAGCCUGGCCAUUUAUGCUCCUGGCACGGAUUUCGAACGUAGUUUGGAGAGUAUUCUAUACCUACGACAGUGCCAUCCUCGCAAGGAAUUGGUUCGCCAAUUGACCAGCUUCCAUAUUUACUUCAAUGUAGAGCAUUUGCCCCAAGUUGUGCUCUCACCCAAGAAUGCUCUAAUGAAGAUGGCCAACUGCGGAGGUCCACCUCCAUAUGAGAAUGUAAAUAAGAUGAAUUUAUAUAGGACUCGGCAGGGGCUAGAUUAUCCAGUGAAUAUGGGACGCAACAUCGCUCGAAAGGCUUCCUUAACCCACUACGUCUUGGCCUCCGACAUCGAACUGUAUCCCACGCCAGGAUUGGUGCCGGACUUUUUGAAUUUCCUGGGCCGCCUUGUAAUUGGACGACCAGGACAACAGCCCACAUCGCCUGUAGUCCAUGUACUGCGUAUUUUCGAGGUCAUGUCUAACAUUUCAGUUCCAAACACCAAGCAGGAGUUACAAAAAUUGCUCAAAUCUGGAGAAGCCGUUCCAUUUCACAUGGAAAUCUGUGAAGUCUGUCAUCGGGGACCUCUGUUGGAGGAGUGGAUAAAUGCUACAGUGAUCUCUGAUGAACUGAACGUCUUCAAUGUGGGACAUCGUUUGGAACAGAAUAACAUGUGGGAGCCCGUGUUCAUAGGCACCAUAGAGGAUCCGCCCUAUGACGAUCGUUUGACCUGGGAGGGCCAAAGAGACAAAAUGACGCAGGCCUUUGCAAUGUGCGUGCUGGAUUAUGAGUUCCACAUCCUGGAUAAUGCCUAUCUGGUCCAUAAGCCGGGAAUCAAGCAACCCGCUAAAAGCUAUACCAUCUUUCCACAAACUCGACGUAAUAAUUGCCUCAUCCAAAAGAAAAUCCUUAAAGAACUUAAGUUUAUGUACGGCUCACGAAAUGGUUGUGUUAUUUAGGAGAGUUGUCUUGAAAGA